AUGAAAACGCUUAAAGACUAUAUUCAAGAUGUCAAAAGUCGAUUCAAAUUAGUAGCUGUAAUAGCAGUUCUAACUGUUAUCCUUGGUAUAUGGUAUAUAGGAGUUUUCAGUUUAGACGAGAUUGGACAAUUUAUUUCCAUUUAUCAAAAUGUAGCAACCUGGAAUUUGAAAAAAGAACAUAUUUAUUAUUCAAACUUUGAAAUCUUUAAAAAAAAUGUUAUCAAUGGAAGUCAUGAGUUGAACAAAACCAAGGUGCACUACAUUGUUAUAUACGGUGAGAUGUUGGCAAGUAUUAACAAAGAUGUCAAAGUUGCCAUUCAGUGGGUUAAUGCUGAUCUUAUUUUGAUUCCAAAUAAAAUAUUUCCUCCUGGAAAACGUCCUAAGCAUCAGGCUUGGGUAGCAUAUGAUUAUGAGUCGCCACUGCACAGUCGACUGAGCACUGAACUAAAUGAUAAAAUUAACUUCACUGCCACGUAUAGAUUCGAUUCAACUAUUCGUACUCCCUAUGGAAUGUAUACACCGAAUAGUCCUGAAGAUAAUAACAACGACAACAGAAGUCAAUCAAAUAAAAUGAAGAAAUAG